CAUUGAACACUUACGAUUAAAACUAGCAUUGUAUAAGAAAAAUCUAAGAUUUUUUAUUAGAAAAUUUUGGUUUUUAGCGUUUGAAAACCACAGAAGGAAAAGAAACAAUGAAGAAACCCUGAGUGAGGGAGUUGAAAACCCGAAGCCAAAAGCUGCCACACACCCACAAAAGAAAUGGCCCUUCUCUUCACCUCACAGCCUUCUUCUCUGUUCCUCUCUCAAUCCCCAAGAUCUUCCCUUUCUCAAUCCCCCAAACCCGUCUCUCUAACCUUUUCCUUUCCUGCUAAACCCCACAAAGCCUUCAGAUUCUCUUCUCUUGUUUCACUUUCCAGCUCCCAACCGGACCCUACUCCCGAACCCGAUUCUGACUCCAAACCGACCCCACUUUCUUCCAUAACCGACGAAUGGGGCGAGAAAACGGAGCUUGGGUCGGAACCCGAACCCACCAAGCUUCCGGAUUCGGAUCCUCCGACGAACGAGGACGAGUGGGAGGAACAGUAUGCGGAGAAGGGUAACGGUAGUGCCGCCGCUGCUCAAUCGGCUGAGGCGGAGGUCGAGGAGGAGAAGGAGGAGGAGGAGGAGGAGGAGGAGGAUGGAUUUGAUAGUAGGAUUGUCGACUUGAAGAGGUGUUUGGUGGACACGGUUUAUGGGACGGAGUUGGGGUUUCGUGCUGGGCCGGAGGUACGGGCUGAGGUUUUGGAGUUAGUCAAUCAGUUGGAGGCGGUGAACCCCACCCGAGCUCCUGUUGAAGCUACUCAGCUUCUUAAUGGCUACUGGGUUUUGCUGUACACCGCAUCUUCUGAGCUGUUGCCGCUUCUGGCGGCUGGUUCAACUCCCUUGUUAAAAGUCAAAAGUAUAAGCCAAACAAUUGAUACAGAAAGGCUCUCUAUUGUGAACUCCACCACAUUGGCCAGCCCUUUUGCUAAUUUCUCUUUCAGUGCUUCUGCUGCCUUUGAAGUUAGAACUCCUUCAAGAAUACAGGUUGAAUUUAAGGAAGGUACACUGCAACCUCCAGAGAUAAAACCAAGCAUUGAUCUUCCUGCAGACGUGGAAGUUUUCGGUCAAAAAAUCAGUCUGUUGCCUGUGCAGCAAUCUCUUAACCCGCUGCAGGAGUUGGUCGCUAAUAUUUCAACAGCCAUUUCUGAUCAGCCACCUCUUAAGAUUCCCAUUCCUGGUGAGCGGUCAGGGUCCUGGCUUCUGAUUACGUAUCUUGAUGAGGAUCUUCGGAUAUCAAGAGGAGAUGGUGGUCUUUUUGUGCUUGCUAGACAAGGGAGUCCUCUUCUAGAGCAGUAGCCAGGUGCAUUAUGCAUGUGAUAUCUAUGAAGGGGUUAUUUAUAUCUUCCCUUAAUCUCAGGGUUGAUCUUUACAUGCAGAAAAGGAAAUUUUUGCUGUUGUCAAUUUAUACAUACUACAGUUUAGGUCAUAAACAUGCUUUAAC